AUGACCAAGCUUGAAGAUCGCGGGCCACCAUUCGAGCCGCAGCCCAAGGCGGCAGAGCAGGUCACGUCGCCACUUCAUGGCGGUGCGUUGCCCUUCCAACCGCACCCGGUCCCACAUCAGCUUCAACACCAGCGCAAAGACUCUACCAGCACCUCACCACUCCCUCCUCGUCCGCCACCACCACCUGCACCGCCAGUCGUCAUGCCUCAACAACAGCAAUCCAGUGCCCAGAUUCCCCUCAGCUUCCCUCCGCUCGCCUACAUGACGCUGGAACAGCACACCAUCCGGCAUCGCUUUUUCCGCACCAAAGCCAAAGUCCAGAAGCCGUGCCUCAAGUGCGAAGAAGACGGCUAUCGCUGGGAGGCGCAGUCCCAUCGCACGAUCGACUGCAAAGCUGUGGAGCCGGAGUAUCGCGAGCAGAUCCUGCGUGACUGGGCGGAACUCGAGAAGUAUGAGCCGGUGAUGGAGGUGGAGUAUGUGGAUAUCCCCGUCAAGAGUAAGUCUCCUCGGCCGGAUCCCAUGAAGUUCUUGGGUCCGAGCCCGACCACUAUGGAGCCCCUUCCGCCGCCAGGGAAGAAGAAGUCGAAGUCGCCGUUGCGCCCGCCGCGUCAGCGGAAGCAUGGUGUUGCCGGCGGUGGUGCGCAGCCUACGAUCCAUCCCUCUUACAUCGCCAUGUGGACUCCAAGCGCCCGACCACAGGGUCAGCCGGUGGACAAAGUCGCUCCAUCGUCGCCUACUGCAGCUCAGCCAUCAACGCGUACGAAAUUUGAGCCGCCGAAGGGACCCAAGGGCUGGAAGCCGCCUACCGAUGCCAGUGCUGCCAAGAUCCCAGCGGCGGCUACUUCAGCUGUGGUAUCGGGUGGCGGCAACUCAUGA